AUGGAGUUCAUGCAUUUCAGCCACAAUCACGGCCUGGUUUACCACCAGGCUAUUCAAGGAUAUGAAUUUCAUUGCUCCGGCUGCAAAUCUGCCGGCUCAGGCGAUGUCUACGUUUGCUGGCAGUGCAAUUACUUCCUCCACGAACACUGUUUUCGUUCCGAACGGUCUCUUAAGCACCCUUAUCACCCCCUUCAUCCUCUUACUUUGAUGCCUUCUCCUACUUACCCCUCCGGUUCUUUUUCCUGCAAUUCGUGCAGUCUUGAUGGAGAUGGAUUCUCCUACAGUUGUUCCGAAUGUGAAUUUGAUAUUCAUGUUCAUUGUGCCCUUAAUAUUACUAUUCCUAAUCCUAAUCCAAAUUUAUUACCUUCCGUUGUUCCUAAUCCUUAUCCUGCGCAGAAUAAUAAUCCCGUCAAUCCUCCUCGUCCAAUCCAAUCUAAUGCUUAUCCAACUUAUCCUCCUCAAAACACUGGUUAUUCCCCGAACCCAAACCACCCUUAUCCCAAUUUCACCACUCCUAAUCACAUUGCACCACCAAUUCCAAUUCAACAAAAUCGACCCUAUCAGAAACGUAGCGGCGAUGGUGCAAAAAGUGACGUAGGACAGAUCACGGAAGCUGCUGAUUGGGUCGACGCCGCUACUGCUGAGGCUUUGUUGAGGGCAAGAGGCAGAAUAGGGGCAAUGGCACUUAUUUGA